UUCAGUUGGGAUUAUUUUUAUUUUUAAAAAAGGAGGCGGAGCUCUGGAGGAAGGCUAAAGUAAAAGGGACAGAAGGUUCUUGACCCAUCAGGAGGAAACCCUUCAUUCUAUCAAUUCAGUCUCAGCGAUUGACUCGGCCACCAGUAAGAACAUGGGGGAUUGGAUUGGAUUGGAUUGGAUUGUAUUAGAUUGGAUUGGCUAUCUAGUUUUUGUUCUUAAAGCUCCUUAAUCCCUGGGUUCAACGGAAUUGGUUGAUUUUCGUUUUCCUUUUUCUUGUAUUCUUUGUGCUAUCAAUCUCGGCUUGUGCUUGUUCAUGCUCAUUUUUGAACAAGGAAGAGAUUGAAAGAUCAAAGGUAGAUUGAAGGGGAAGGAGUAGUUUGAAUCUGGUGCAGGGCUUUGCAACUGCAAUAGGGAGCAUUAUUUGUUCUAGUUUCUGUGAUUUGCUUCUUUGAACAUUGUUUUUUGUUGCUGUUGUUUUUGUUUUGAUCUCCAAGAAUACGCGGUGGGAGUGUUGUUGUUGUAUUGAUCCGUUGUUGUUGGUUUUUAUGGGAACUCCACCAGCAGAGGAGCUUCUGAGGAAGAUCCAAGAGCUGGAGGAGGGUCAAGCCCAUCUCAAGAAGGAAAUGUCCAAAUUUCUUCUCUCUGGAACUUCCGCUGACUCGAACUCGGACCACCAAAUCCAGUAUCAUCAUCAUCACCAUCAGCGUUCUCAAUCGAUAUCGCCUCAGCGCUCUAGAUUUGCUGCGGCUCAGAGGAGAGGUGGCGCUGCUGGAGGUUCAGACAGCGCCGCGGCGGCGUGGAAGAAAGGCUCUUCCUCGUUUCGGCAUUCUUCUCCACUUAAGAGGGAGAGUAGGACUUGUGAACCCUCGAAUGCCGCCGCCGGAGUCGGAACCAGCGGCGGCUCUGGCCCCGCCGCCGUUAAUUUCACCAACAAACAGUAUCUCAAUAUCUUGCAGUCAAUGGGACAGUCUGUCCAUAUUUUAGACCUAAAUUAUCGCAUAAUUUACUGGAACCGAGCUGCUGAACUCGUGUAUGGAUAUUCUGCGGCGGAGGCUCUCGGCCAGGAUGGCAUUGCGCUUCUAGUAGACUCUGAGGACUUUGCCUUUGCAAAUGAUGUAAUUCAUCGUGUUAUGGCGGGCAAGCAUUGGACUGGUCACUUCCCUGUGAAGAACAAGAUGGGGCAGAAGUUUAUAGUUGUUGCCACCGACACUCCCUUCUACGAUGAUGGUGUCUUGGUCGGGAUCAUCUGUAUAUCGAGCGACUCACGGCCAUUUCAAGAGUUGAAGAUUCCUUUAGCAGCAGGUUCUAAACAGCAGGAUGCAGAUUCAAGCAUUGUCCGAUCAAGAAGCACGGUUUCAACUAAACUUGGUCUUGAUCCUCAGCAGCCUCUGCAAGUAGCAAUUGCUUCAAAGUUAUCAAACUUGGCAUCAAAGGUAAGCAACAAAGUCAAGUCCAAAAUUCGAACUGGAGAAAACAGCUUGGAUCGUGAAGGUGGAAGCGGAGAUGGUUAUCACUCUGAUCAUGGCUUUCCAGAUGCAACUCUUCGUGACCAUCGGGAGGACGCAAAUUCAAGUGGAGCUAGCACACCUCGUGGAGAUUCCACGACGCAUGGUGAGUUUUCCCAGGUUGAAGAGCAAUUAUGUGGCAAACAGGUCAGGAAUCAUGAUGAUGAGGUUAAAGGAAAGCCUACCAUUCAGAAGAUGUUAUCCUCAAAAGCAGAAGAGUGGAUUGCUAAGAAGGGCUUAUCGUGGCCGUGGAAAGGGACCGAGCAGGAAGGAGGAUCUGAAGCAAGGGCAGCCCGUUUUGUGUGGCCUUGGUUACAAAAUGAUCAAGAAGCUGAACCAGCAAAUCAUAAGAGUUGCUCUUCAUCUGGGAGACCAGAAAUGCAGCAAAACGACGGUCAUCGAGCAGCCAAUAACGAGGCCUCGGGAUCCUGGUCAUCGUUCAAUGUUAACAGCACAAGCAGUGCCAGUAGCUGUGGAAGUACCAGUAGUAGUGCUGUCAACAAGGUCGACUCGGAAACAGACUGCUUGGAUUUUGAAAUCUUGUGGGAAGACCUUACUAUUGGGGAGCAAAUAGGGCAAGGUUCUUGUGGAACUGUCUAUCAUGCGCUGUGGUAUGGAUCAGACGUUGCCGUUAAAGUGUUCUCCAAACAAGAGUACUCAGAUGAUGUGAUUCUCUCCUUCAGACAGGAGGUAUCCCUGAUGAAAAAACUCCGACACCCCAACAUUCUUCUCUUUAUGGGAGUUGUGACUUCACCUCAUCGUCUUUGCAUAGUCACGGAAUUCCUCCCACGUGGAAGUUUGUUUCGUUUACUACAGAGGAACGCAGGCAAAUUAGAUUGGAGACGCCGUGUUCAUAUGGCUUUGGACAUUGCACGUGGCAUGAACUAUCUUCAUCAUUGCAAUCCGCCUAUUAUUCACCGAGAUUUGAAAUCGUCGAACCUGUUAAUUGAUAGAAAUUGGACUGUGAAGGUUGGAGAUUUUGGUUUAUCUCGACUUAAGCACGAGACUUAUCUAACUACGAAGACGGGAAAGGGCACGCCUCAAUGGAUGGCACCUGAAGUUCUUCGCAAUGAGCCCUCAGAUGAGAAGUCGGACAUAUAUAGUUUUGGAGUGAUAUUAUGGGAGCUUGCAACCGAGAAGAUCCCUUGGGAAAAUCUCAAUUCAAUGCAGGUUAUUGGUGCUGUUGGGUUCAUGAACCAACGACUUGAAAUCCCCAAAGACGUGGAUCCUCAAUGGGCUUCUAUAAUUGAAAGCUGCUGGCACAGCGAACCUGCAAAUCGGCCAUCAUUCCAGGGUCUGAUAGAAAGGUUGAGAGAGGUGCAGAGGAAGUUUGCUAGUCAAUUACAGGCAGCUCGUUUUGGUGGAGAUAAUAACCCUCAAAAGGAAACAUAAAACCCCAAAAGAGACUUAAAAAAGUUCUUAUAAGUGGUUGAUAGUUGGUGAGAGCAGAGCAUAGGUUUAAAGGACUUCCCCUCCCAUUAUGGUAAUGUAUGGUUGCCAUUGGAGAAACCAAAAAGACUUCUCAGAGUGGCAGUGUCUCUUAUCAGCUGGGCCGAGCUUCAUGGUGGUGGUGGUGGGUGGGUGGGUGGUGUCUUUUUUUUCUUCCCCUUCUUUUAUAAAGUAAAGUAUCAUAAUAAUAAUUUUAUAUAUAAAAAGAAAAAAAAAACAUUUUUAUUUUUAUUUCUUUGGGAGGAAGAGGGUUUUUGUUGUCGGGUAGGUAGUGUUGUUUUGAUUGGGAAUAUGUUAAAAUGUCACCCAGUUGGUGUAAAUGAGUUUCAGACCACUUCUCAAAAAGUUGUACAAAGAUUGAAAGCACAAACUGCCACAAUUCUUUUCUUUUCGGUCUCUCUCUCAUUGUAUUGUAUUUGUAUUUGUAUUUGUAUUUGUAUUUGCAUUUGUAUUUGUAUUUGCAUUUGUAUUUGUAUUUGUGGUGGAAACAGCCUUGUCGGUCAUCCUCCUCCUCUUCGUUUUGGACUCUUCUGUUUGGUUUCCAUAAUAAAACUUCUCAUCUUUAAAGGAA